CUCACCAUUGCGAGCUUUCAUAACAUCUAAAUUAUUCUAUUUCGUCAUGGAUGAGCCGACUAAUGAACUAGUGCUACGUCUGAUGCAAGACGAUGCGAGAGGCGCCCUUGGACUCAUGAAGGGUAAGGAGAGGUCUGGUCAAAUGACUGACCAUGAAUUAGCGCUCACUGAAUGGGCUCAAGAGCUCCGUCAUUGUGCGUGCACAUUUGAAGACUACAAAAUGGCGAAGAGCCUAGCGAGGGCUGUUUUCCAUGAUGGUGUUGCUCUCGCAGCUGCAACUGAAGAAGAAAACAGAGCCUUCCGGGAUCGAAUGACCGCACUACAACUGGUCGGCCUCAACCAAUCAACCCCUGAUCAGCUAUUGGGGCAGAAGCAUGCUGCGAUGGCUGGUCUAACUGAUCUGGGGGGGGAGAUUCCAAUACGUUCAGGUUUCAUCAAGACCGAGUCCCCAGGGGCUCAAAGCUCGAAAGUUGCCGCUGCCCGUAACCUUGACUGUCAGACACACCUCAAAUGUGUAGCAUGUAUGGAAGCCAAGCCAGAUUUUGACAUAUUCAAGGCAUCCUGUUCCCAUUACUACUGCAGGAGCUGUAUCGGCCGCCUGGUGCACGACUCUUUUGUUGACGAGUCACUUUUUCCACCUAAGUGCUGUCGUGUGCCAUUCUCUUUAACUACAAUGAAGUCACUUCUGGACGAGGAGAUGAUUCGAAAAUUCGAGGAGAAGACAGUGGAGCACAAUGACUUCAACAGAACUUACUGUGCGAAUCCUUUGACCUGCGCUUCUUGCAACACAGCAACAUGCUCUACAUGUAAGCAGCGAGCUCAUGCGGGCGUAUUUGUCGAGAGCGAAGUGGAGAUUCUGGAAAUGGCAAAAAUAGAAGGAUGGCAGCGCUGCACGAGAUGUCGUAACAUUGUGGAGCUAAAAAGUGGCUGCAAUCACAUCACAUGCCGUUGUGGGUUCGAAUUUUGCUACACCUGUGUCAUGAAGUGGAAGUCAUGUGGAUGCGAAGUAUGGGACGAAAGCAGACUACUUGACAGAGCACACCAUGUUGCCGCUCGGAACGAAGACAACCCUCAGCCUGCACAGCAAGAGGUUCAGAUGGCAGCACAGGAACUUCGUGAGCAGCACAACUGUAAGCAUGAUCGCUGGAGGAGGCGUGAUGGGGAAUAUUCGUGCGAUGUAUGCCACGACCAGCUGCCUGAUUUCAUCCUACGAUGCCAGCGCUGCAAAAUUGAGGUGUGUGUACGUUGCAGAUAUAAUCGUCUCUGA